AUGGCCAAUGUGCUCUGUAACAGAGCAAGAUUGGUCACCUACCUACCAGGGUUUUAUUCCUUAGUCAAAAGAGUUGUAAAUCCCAAGGCUUUUUCUACAGCAGGUUCCUCUGGCUCAGAUGAGCCUCAUGUUGCUGCUACACCUCCUGAUUUAUGUCCGAGAACUGUAUGGCCAGAUGAAGUGAUGGGUCCAUUUGGUCCUCAGGACCAGAGAUUCCAGUUGCCUGGUAACAUUGGUUUUGACUGUCACCUAAAUGGCACUGCUUCUCAGCAGAAAGGCCAGGUUUCGAAAAGUCUGCCUGAUAUAUUAGCAGAGCCUUCAGCAAGCGAAAGGCAUGAAUUUGUAAUGGCACAAUACAUAAAUGAAUUUCAGGGUGCUGAUGUUCCACAGAAACAGCAAAUAAAUAACGCCGAAACUUACUUUGAAAAUGCAAAGGUAGAAUGUGCGGUACAAGCUUGUCCUGAACUGUUACGAAGAGACUUUGAGUCAAUGUUCCCAGAAGUGAAUGCCAACCGUUUAACGGUAUUAACUGUCACCCAGAAGACUAAAAAUGAUAUGACUGUAUGGAGUCAAGAAGUGGAGGAUGAGAGAGAAAUGCUGUUGGAAAAUUUCAUUAACGGUGCCAAGGAAAUUUGCUAUGCACUUUGUUCUGAAGGCUAUUGGGCUGACUUCAUUGAUCCAUCCUCAGGACUGGCAUUCUUCGGACCUUACACAAACAACACUCUGUUCGAAACAGAUGAACGCUACCGCCACUUGGGAUUUUCUGUUGAUGAUCUUGGCUGCUGCAAGGUUAUUCGUCAUAACAUCUGGGGUACUCAUGUGGUUGUAGGAAGUAUUUUCACUAAUGCUGAACCUGACAGCCCGAUCAUGAGAAAACUAAGUGGAAACUAGCAGUCAUCAGGGUUUCACAAGUUCUUAUGACCUUUGCGUUCUUUUACUUGAUGAUUCUCUCUAAGCAUUGUCAGGAAAUGCCACACUUUAAAGUAUUCUUAGAUAAUAAAGUAGCUGUUAUUUAUUUUAGUCUUUGUGAAUAUGUGUUCACCGCAUGUGACUUGGAAUAUUAAUUGGCAACAUUCAAACGGAUACCUUUAUGUGCCAC